AUGGUGUUGCUCGAGUUGUGGCAAGCGCUGCCCGUCAACCUGCAGCGCCGGCUCACUAGCACGGGGCGACUCUACAGCAAGUACAAGUUCCUGGUAUUGCGGUUCGAUCGGAGAACUGGAUUCUUUUCCGCAGCGAUGCCUAUGGCCAUCUUGCUCGGAACUACUAUCGCCGCAGGCACCGCCAUCCUCGACAAGCAAAUGGAAAUUCGCUAUUGGCGUAGGCAGUCCGUUUCAGAGCGAGAAUUGCAGCAGCAGGAGCAGCGAGAGCAGCUGUUUCAGUUUUUGCAACAAACAGUGCCUCCUGAAGAGCUCGACAACUCGGUACCAUUGCCUGGGAAGUAA